AUGAUGACCAUAUCUUUGAUCUGGGGGAUUGUGGUAGCAAUAUGCUGCUGUUUGUGGCUUAUUCUUGGAAUGAGGAGAAGAAAAAUGGGUGAGCCUCCUCUGGAGAAUGGGCUGAUUCCUUACCUGGGAUGUGCUCUGCAGUUUGGUGCCAACCCUCUUGAGUUCCUCAGAGCAAACCAAAGGAAACACGGUCCUGUUUUCACCUGCAAGCUGAUGGGAAACUAUGUCCACUUCAUCACAAACCCCCUGUCAUACCAGAAAGUGCUGUGCCAUGGCAAAUACUUCGAUUGGAAAAAAUUUCAUUUCACUACUUCUGCAAAGGCAUUUGGGCACAAAAGCAUUGACCCGAGUGACGGAAACACCACUGAAAACAUAAACAAAGCUUUCAUCAAAACUCUGCAGGGCGAUGCCCUGAAUUCCCUCACAGAAGCCAUGAUGGAAAACCUGCAACUUAUCAUGAGGCCUCCAGCCGCACCGGAGCCAAAGAUGCCUACCUGGGUGACGGAAGGGAUGUAUGCCUUCUGCUACCGAGUGAUGUUCGAAGCUGGGUACCUAACUCUCUUUGGCAGAGAUCUUAUGGGACAAGAUGCACAAAAAGCACUUAUUCUAAAAAAACUCGACAACUUCAAGGAAUUUGACAAAAUCUUUCCUGCCCUGGUAGCAGGCCUCCCCAUUCAUGUGUUCAAGACCGCACACCACGCCCGGGAAAAACUGGCUGAGGGCUUAAGGCAUGAGAACCUGGGAAACAGAGACCACAUGUCCGAACUGGUCAGGUUUCUGAAUGACAUGCUCUCCACCUUAGAUGACAUGGAGAAGGCCAAGACGCAGCUCGCUGUCCUGUGGGCAUCACAAGCAAACACCAUUCCGGCCACUUUCUGGAGCUUAUUUCAAAUGAUGAGGAGCCCUGAAGCCAUGAAAGCAGCUACCGAAGAAGUGAAUAAAACACUAGAGAGUGCUGGUCAAACAAUCAGCUUAGAAGACCCACCUAUCUGUUUGAAUCAGAUGCAACUGAAUGACAUGCCGGUACUAGAUAGUAUCAUCAAGGAGUCUCUGAGGCUUUCCAGUGCCUCCCUGAACAUCCGGACUGCUAAAGAGGAUUUCACUUUGCACCUCCAGGACGGUUCCUAUAAUAUCCGCAAAGAUGACAUCAUAGCUCUGUAUCCUCAGUUAAUGCAUUUAGAUCCAGAAAUCUACCCAGACCCUUUGACAUUUAAAUAUGAUCGCUAUCUUGAUGAAAAUGGGAAGACAAAGACCACCUUCUACAGCAAUGGACUCAAAUUAAAAUAUUACUACAUGCCUUUUGGGUCAGGAGCGACGAUAUGCCCUGGAAGAUUAUUUGCUGUCCAGGAAAUCAAGCAAUUUUUGAUUCUGAUGCUUUCCUAUUUUGAACUAGAGUUUGUGGAGAGCAAUGUUAAAUGUCCCCCUUUGGACCAAUCCCGUGCAGGCUUGGGCGUUUUACCACCAUUAAAUGAUGUCGAGUUUAAAUAUAAGUUCAAACGUUUGUGA